AUGGAUCCAAUAAAAGAUGACAUGCAAUUAUUAGCAAUCGGAGGAGUGUUGCUUCUUUUUUACUGCUCUCUCGUGACUUUCAAUUUGUCUUGGAAAGCAAACAGGAUUUUCCUCACUUUGUCGGGACUGUUUUCGACUUUGCUGACAGUUUCGGCAGCCUUCGGCGUCAUGAUUGCGGCUAAUAUUCCCCUGGUCUCAAUCUCAUUGGCCAUUCCAUUUGUGGUCAUUGGAAUUGGGAUUGAUGCCAACUUGGUGAUGAGCACUGAAUGGGCCAACUGGUCUCCUCGGUCUAAUACCCCUUCGCCCUCCGAUUUCAUUUGCUCUUCCUCCGAAGAAAGGAUUGGGAGGACGAUGGAGCGGGCCUUCAUGGGGGUAUCUCUCUCCCAUCUCACUUCUCUCCUCGCUUUCAUAGUGGGCGGAUUUGUGUCCCCCUUCCCAGCUGUGAACUACCUCUGCGGAUAUAUGACUGUGAACAUUUUGUUUGCGUGGGUGGGAGAGGGAACCUUCUUUCUAUCCUGUCUCUGUCUAUACGGCCGAUGGGUCGAUAAAGAAAGAACGUCCACUGCAUCUGUGUCCGACCACAAACAUCCUACAUCUUCUUCUUCUUCUACUACUACUCAUAUCGGCGUCAUGAAGAGUCGGAAUACUGAGCUCGGAGGAGAUAGACAAAUAACCUCUCCUGAUCUUUCCAUUCAAACCCAGGAAAACGAUCAGACUAACUCUGAAUCAAUCGCUGUCACAAAUCACGACUUGAGCGUUGUAGAGUCGUACCUAAUGCGAGUUCUACCGAAAAUUGUCCUGAACAAAUAUGUCACGUGUUUUCUUUUGUUCGGCCUUGGAGCCGGGCUAGGGCUUGCAACUGUGUCGGUUUAUAACAUCCCGAGAGAAGAGUUGUAUUCGAUCUAUUACAAGGACGGCUCGGCAAUCGGAGAGUUCUAUGAUGCCAGACGACACGACUUCCCGUUUCCUGUGAUCUUGCAAAUUGUGUUUGACAAACAGAUUGACUACUCGGAUAUCGAAACGCGCCAUAUUUUGCAAGAUUUCUUCCGAGACAUCAACGAGACACUUCUUUUCGAAGAGAACUCGAUGAACUGGUUGACUCUGUUGCUGCAGUACCUGGAGAUGACUGGACAGUCUCUGCCACAGAACGACGAGGAGAGCUUCAACUCCCACGUGGACACUCUGCUUAAUACUCUGCUUCCUAAUGUUGAAGAAUUCAAGCCAGUCAAAUGGCUCAAGAAUGACGUCAUUUUCAAUGAACACAAACAGAUAAUCAAAGCGCGUUUCUACAUCACAUUGACAUCCUCCACCUCCGGAGCAGCGGAAGAGAGCGAGAGGAUCUUGACUGCCCUCCGAGGUGUCCUGGACAGAUACAGACAGUCUCUCAACCCCUACGUGUUCAAUUACAUUCUGACCGAGUUCGAGAGAAAUGUACUCAUGUUGGGAGAAGUCUGGAGCUCAAUCGCCAUUGUCGCAGUGAUGGCGAUGCUGGUCUCUCUCAUCUUCAUCCCCUCCCUGCCCAUCUACCUCCUCGUCAUUUCCCUCUUCUUCUCUGCAAUGCUCACUGCCAUGGGCCUGAUGGGACUGUGGGGACUCACUUACGCACUCUCCACAUACGUGCAAAUCAUGCUCGGAUUCGGUCUGUGCAUCGACUACAUGGCACAUAUGGCACGUGGCUACAUGGUGGCUGAAGGCUCAAACCCCCUCGAAAAAGUGAGACACACCCUUUCAACUGUCGGAGUCGCAAUGUCGAAUGCAGUCGUCACUUCAAUCCUCGGAGUCGCAAUGCUCAGUGCAGCGGGAAGCUUCGCCAACCGAUCUUUCUUCAAGAGCAUGUUUGUAAUUUUCGUGAGCAGUUACAUAUUCGGAGUGUGGUUGUUUCCCGCUAUUCUUUCGCUCAUUGCGCCGAUGCUCAAUCGGCCGAAAUCUCCUCUGGGCGAAAGAACAGCGAUGACGCCUGAUAGAAGUAAUGUAAUUCAACAUUUGACAGCUGAGACGUCGGCGUGUACUACAUCUGUGGCAACACCUGACAUAGAAGUUCCGCCAGUACCCGAAACAAGAUGA